AUGAGCACCUCUCACGCACCACGCCUUCCCCACAGUUCUCCGAUUCCAAUUUUCCGCAAGGAAUGUCGCCGCUACCACCUCAUCGAGAUCUGGACCCCCACAGUACGUCGCAGCUUCGAUCCCGUAUCGGGUACCCUCAAGCUUGCCGCGCUCGGAUCUACUGUGGUCAGCUUCCUGUCCCCUGGGACAGGCCAGUCCCCAAAGUCUUGCGCUACUCAUAGUCAUUCGGUCCCCUCCUUCUAUGCCCGCGUUGCUCAAUGGUCGGGUUGCUGCUGGCCGCUGAAAAGUGGUGCAGCCCCGGUUCCGGCGGCGACAUGGGCGGACCGGCGGGGUUCGAGCUCCAGUCACCCCUUCGCGGGUGGGCGACCGUCUCUUCCCAUGAGUCCACACGGUAAGCGCCUCUGGUCCGAGGCCGCUCGUCGGGAUGAGACACUGGAACCAGUACUCUGGUCACAACGGAUUGUCUGCGGCGGUGUUGGUUAG